UUGGUAAUCCCCAGUGUCUCAGCCUCCUGUUGAACAGCAGUGACAGCUUGGGGAAGACUGCUGUCGUCCAGUCCAACCUUUUAUUUUGAUUAUCUGACAAAAUCUGCUUGUUCUAAAGCAAUGAACUGAUACCACGAUCUGCACUUUGAAAACAGGGGCUGCACUUGUUUCUUAUGGAAAGAGUGAUCAUCAUCGCUGUGCUGACAAUUCUCAAAUCAUCAUCCUCCAUUUUGGCUUAUCCUUGCAUUUUGGCCUCCUUUAUGUGACCAAUUCUGUCAAAUUUUAAGAACAAAUGCACUUUAUAGCUCAUGGAAGAAAAAACACAAAUCAAGACAUUUUUGGGUUCCAAGUUGCCAAAGUAUGGAACAAAGUCUGUGAGAAGUACACUGCAGCCGAUGCCAAAUGGGACCACCGUGACUUUAUUAGGGACUUCCAAGAGUAGUAUUGUCAAGAGCUACACAAAAAAUAAUGGCUCUGAUUCUUCACUGUCCCAUCCAUUUAAUUGGAGAAAAGCAAGUAAAUACCAACUUGGUACACAAACCCCUGCAGACCUUAACAAUAUUCAGAGCUCACAUGAUAAAUUAAUUGAUCCUGAAAAACAUGCUCCUGCUCAAGGAACGUUUGAUAAGAAUGGGAUAAAGGGAGGGUUGAAAAGUGCAUCUUUAUUCCCAUCAAAGCUAGCAAGGCCAACUACUAUGUUUGUGUCAUCUACAGAGGAGUUAAAUCAGAAAUCCUUUUCUGGACCAUCUAAUUUGGGGAAAUUCACCAAAGGCCCAUUAUUAGGAAGGACUUCCUAUUCUUCGGUCAAUGCUCCAAAGUCCCGUUUGAAUACAUUUUAUGGAAACCGAUCGACUGGCAGCAUGCAAAGGCCCAGAGCAAACUCCUGUGCUACCAGAAGCAGUUCUGGAGAAAGCUUAGCACAAUCCCCAGACAAUAGUAAAUCUAUUACUUGUGAAAAGAUGGUAAGAUCCCAAAGUUUUUCCCAUUCCAUUCAGAAUUCCUUCCUUCCUCCUUCAUCUAUAACCAGAUCACAUUCCUUCAACAGAGCUGUAGAUCUUACAAAGCCUUAUCAGAACCAACAGCUACCCAUUAGAGUGCCUCUUCGGUCAAGUAUGCUAACAAGAAAUUCUCGGCAGUCAGAAGUUCUCAAUGGGAAUGAGCAUUUGGGCUAUGGAUUUAAUAGACCUUAUGCUGCUGGUGGGAAGAAGUUGGCUUUAUCAAAUGGCCCAGGUAUAACUUCUACUUUGGGUUAUAGGAUGGUUCAUCCCUCUCUGCUGAAAUCUAGCCUACCUUCAUUUCCUGGGGCCAUUGCAGUUGAUGGUAAUAAAAAUUCACCUGCUGACACAUGUGUAGAGGAAGAGACUACAGUUCUGGCUAAGGACAGCACUGUUAAUAAGGACCAAGAACUAAUUGAAAAUAAAAAUUAUCGAACAGAAAAGGAUCAGACCAUGAAGCAUGAUGCUAAAAUUAGAUACCUAAGUGAUGAUGUGGAUGAUAUUUCUUUGUCAUCUUUGUCAUCUUCUGAUAAGAAUGAUUUAAGUGAAGACUUCAGUGAUGAUUUUAUAGAUAUAGAAGACUCCAACCGAACUAGAAUAACUCCGGAGGAAAUUUCUCUCAAAGAAGAAAAGCAUGAAAACAGACCAUCAAAGGAUAUAUUUGAUUCUCCUAAGGAAAAUGAAAAAGCCUUCAGUAAAACUGAUGAAUGGAUAGAUAUAAAUGUCUCUGACAGGAGUGAAUGUACAAAACAUACUUCCGGAAAUAACUUGAUUUCACCUGAUACGGAUUACAGAGCUGGUUCUUCAUUUGAGCUCUCUCCGUCUGAUAGCUCUGAUGGAACAUACAUGUGGGAUGAAGAGGGCCUGGAACCCAUUGGAAAUGUGCAUCCUGUUGGCAGCUAUGAGUCCUCUGAAAUGAACAGCAUAGAUAUUCUGAAUAAUCUUGAAUCAUGUGAUCUUGAGGAUGAUGAUCUUAUGCUGGAUGUGGAUCUGCCGGAAGAUGUACCUCUUGAAAAUGUGGAGUGUGACAAUAUGAACCGAUUUGACCGAGCAGACAGAAAUGCACGGCAGUCUCAGGAAGGAUUUUGGAAAAGGCCACCACAGAGGUGGAGUGGACAGGAGCAUUACCACCUUAGCCAUCCCGAUCACUACCAUCACCAUGGGAAAAGUGACUUGAGCAGAGGCUCUCCUUAUAGAGAAUCUCCUUUGGGUCAUUUUGAAAGCUAUGGAGGGACCCCCUUUUUCCAGGCUCAGAAGAUGUUUGUAGAUGUGCCAGAAAAUGCAGUGGUAUUGGAUGAGCUUACCCUCAGGCACAUGGUCCAGGAUUGCACCGCUGUCAAAACUCAGCUACUCAAACUGAAACGCCUCUUACAUCAGCAUGAUGGAAGUGGAUCAUUGCACGACGUUCAGCUAUCAUUGCCAUCCAGUCCAGAGCCAGAAGCUGAGGAUCAGAUAUAUGAGAAUGAAGAUUUAUUAAAUGAAAUCAAACAACUUAAAGAAGAAAUAAAGAAAAAAGAUGAAAAGAUUCAACUAUUAGAAAAUCAGCUAGCAACCAGGUGUAAUUGCCACCAGAAAUCUAAAGAUGAAAAAUGCACAUAUGCUGAUAAAUACACCCAAACACCCUGGAGAAGAAUUUCUCCUCAAGUACUACAGCCUUCCAGCAGCCUUCCCAGACCCACAGACCACACCCAGGGAAAACUAAUAAAGCCACAACAUACCGAGGCCCACAGUGAGCAUGCAAUCCAGGACAUGUAUCAGGGUGGUGCACAUCCAGAUGGAAGCUUUACACAGGGCUUGCCACAAGAAAACGACUAUGGUUUGGAAGACCGUUCAUCUAGCCCACAGUUCACGAUAGAUGUAGUGAAGGAUACACCUGAAAUUACUCCGAAUGUGACCAUGAAUGCUCAAGAGCCUUAUCAUUCGGCAAAGAAUCAAAUUAGUGAUGUGCAGUUUGAACCUACUCCUCCUCAGACACCUCCCCAGUCAAGUACAGUGGACCAGACUAAGAGAGUUGGAAAGAACCGGUCUCAGCCCACAUCCUUGCAGCUUUUAAAGCCGUCCAUCUUGAGUUCUUUGGCACCUCCUCCAGAUUCUGAGUCAUCUCCAAGUAGGACUUCCACUUGUAAGAAGUUACCAGUAAUCACACCAUGUAAUUCAAUGAAACUUCAGCUAACAUCUAGUCAAACAAAUCUUGCAAAUAAUUUAAAUCUUAAAGUAUCUAAACUCCGCCCCCCGUCUGGCCCUUUCAAACAAAAACAAAUAAGCAAUUCCCAACUACAGCCUCAAAACUUCCAGGCCAAGACAAGCAUCCCACGGCCCAGUGCACGGCAAAGAGAAAUCCUGCAGAGUCCUCAUGGCAGUUUGCAUUCUGGGGAUUGUUUGGCCUCUAAUCGAUACUCUCGUCUUCCUAAACCAAAGAUACAUUAAGUACAUAGCCAUCACCUGCCAGUUUGUGUUUUGAAAACGGUCUGCUCUGUAAUAGCUUUAUGUGCAGUUUGCUACUGUGUUGGAGGUUCCAUUAUAGCAAAUCUUAAAAUUAAAAUGUGGAAGCUUCUACUGGUUUGGCUCUUCCAUUUUAUAUCUUGGUUGAAGUCUAUACCAUAUGAACAUAUUUGUCUCAGGUAAACACAAGUUUACUUACCCAUCUCAGAGGCCCUCCACAGUCUCCGUGCCUCCUACCCACCUCUCUGCACAUCCAAAAAAGUAAUAUUCCACUUAAAACAGGCAAGAUGUGUGUUUUGCUCAUUUAGUUCUGUCGUAGUGUCCAUAUUGACUCUGGUUUUCAGAACCCUACUCCUUUGUUUAUCCCUCCUGUGACUGACUACUGUUUUACCUAAAGAUACAUAGUACAAUGGAAGGUGGUAAUCUGUAAACAGUUCUGGCCAGUGUUUUGUAUAUUUAAGAGGUCUAUGCAAAAGCUUUGUGAUGAAUAAAGAUCAGGCUUUUAAUGGGAAGUCCAUGUAAGUUUUAUUUUUCCUUUCUAGGAUCAUCAACCCAGUUCUACUGUUUAUCUUUUUAUCAGACAAAUCCCCAGGCUGACAGUAUUCAUUUUAUAUAUAUAACACCUUGUUUCACACACACAUAUACCAUUUGCUUGUAUUUCUACUGGAUAAAUUUGGAGAGCUUGAAAUGCCUAAAGGCAUAUCAUUUGUAACCUCUGUUCGUGUUAGAGUUUUGCUAGCAAUUCAGUUUUGAAUUUGAAUCCAUCAUAGCUAUUUUAAGGUUCCACAAAAUACAUUUUAAAUUAAGUAUUGUAAUAUUUCCACUUAUUGGCUUUGCUAAUAUUCAAAGACUGGAAUAAUGGACUUGAAAUAUUUGCACAAAAUAUUGAUGGAAUAGAAGUAUCCUGUUCAGUGGGAUUUAAAAUUUGUUUUCUGUAGCAAAAUAGGUUAUAACAUUUUCAGAAAAAAAAAUACAUUUAAGGCUAAUAAUAGGUUUACUUUUCUGAGUUUCCUAGGUUUCCCUUUUCUGUAAGUUUGAAUGACAGUUUCUUUAAAAGUAGAUUUGGGAAGAAAAAAUUAAAUUGUAGAUAGGAAACUGUACCUCAUUAAAAGAUAUUAUUCAUUUUAAUGAGCUACAAAAGGUAGCUGUGACUGUGGAUAGGAGCUCAGUUAUGCUGGAGGCCACUUAAAUUUACGUUCUGUUCUUCCAAAUAAUGUCGCCUUUAGGCUGUCAUCCAUAGCUGCUUUAAUUCAAAUUAAUAAUUUUCAGACAGAUAACCUCACAAGGUCAAUUUUGAUUAACUGACCACAAAAAGUAUCAAAAGGAAUUAUGGCCCCAAAAAGUAUCAGAAGGAAUUAUGAAAAUCAGAUGUAAAAUUAUUUCCAGGGAUUCCUUUAAAAAUGUAUAUAUGUUAAAAUAUCUGCCCCUUUCUAAGUGACAGCAUCAAGCGCAUUAGUGGAAAUUUCCAAAGUGCUGUGUGCUGUCAUUUUGAUGCAGUCUUUACUGGUCCGAACCCCUCAAGUGAAUGUCUUGGGUUUAGGCCCAGAUGAGCACACUGAUCUAGUAGCAUACACUCACAACAUAGCGCUUCCAUCAGAGAAAGACUGAUGUUCAGGACAUCCUGCACAUAGUGCAGACACCAUUACCAUAGUUGUCACACUGUCCACACAGGGUUCCUUGUUGAUAGAAGUGAACCAGGGUAGCUCUAGGUACACGUGGUACAUGUUUCUACUCUAUUCCCUAAGAUAAAACAUGCUCAUGAAUUAGUAUGGUUUUAAUUGACUUAGAAGAUUGGUAUAGGCAUUCACAAAAUAUUUUUAUAAGUUGGUCUUAUCCUUAGGGGAAAAUCUUAAUUUAAAUUUAUUUUUAAGCCCCUAGGGUGAGGAAAAUGUCUUUAAUUGUCUGUUAUGUAGAAAUGUUGACUCCAGCAAUUUGUUUAUUCUAGUAUUUUUCCCACUCUGUUUUUUUCUCCCUGAUGAAUUUGCAGAAAUGUUAAUCCAUUAGUUCACCUUCUCUGUACCUUUUUCUUAAUAGACGAUAGGCUCGUGAAUAUAAUUUUCUAUUUUUUCUUUUUUUAUGGUUGUUGUUUGAGACAAUGUCUCAUGUAUUCCAGGCUGGCCUCUAACUCCCUGUUUAUCUGAAGAUAAUCUUGAAUUUUUGAUCCCUCUGCCUCUACCUCCAGAGGGCUGGGAUUAAAGGAGUUAGCCACCACACCUGGUUUAUGUAUUGCUGGGGGGGCUCAUGAAUCAUAGAAAAGCACUCUACCAAGUGAGCUACAUACCCAGCCCUCAUCAUUGUAAUUUUGAAGCAUAAUUGUUGAGAAAAUACCUAGGAUGCUUCCAUAAACAGCAUCGAGUAUUUGCCUGCAGUUUUCCUUAAAAGCUGCAAGAAUACCAUCUUGUCUGCUGCUUAGUAAAUGUUAAAUUAGAAUGGAAGUGAGGAUAUAACGCUACUGAAUAAUCAGAGGCCAUGCUCGGAUUUGGCUUGAUCGCUCUUUAUUGCUCUGUAAAUCAGCUCAGUGCCAAGCGUUCCUCCACAGAAUUUACUUGUUCUUUUAGCUCUCUCAGUGAAAAUGGUUGAAGUGGUUGACUUCUAAGUCCUGAGGAAAGGGGUUGGUUAAGUUUACAUUUAUGAAAGAGAAAAAGGUAUGGAGAAUUAUAUAUUUGGCUUUUAAUAGGAUGCAUUUCAAAAAAAAAUUAUUUUUGAGUUAGGUGUCGCUAUGUAGCCCAGGCAAGCUUUACAUUCAUUCACGAUCCUCCUGCCUCAGUCUCUCAAGGGCUGGUGUAUAAGCCAGCACCAGCAUGCCCAGAUGGAUAUCAAUAUUUUUGAAAGAAGGCUUUGUCUAAGAUGUUUAUUGGCACAGGGAAAGUGCCUUUAAGGCAUUAAGGGAUUAUAGAGUUGUAUCAUUUAGAAGAUUUCUAAUAACUGAUACCAUUUAUCUGUUAUUCUUGGAGUCUCAUUUUUCAUUUGUGCAAUAUUUUCAGGCAUAUAGACUACUGUUUGUUGUAUUUAUAUAGAUAUUAGGGAACUUACUAAGCAUUUUAAAAGUAGAAAUCUGAAUAUGAAAGAAAAUAUCAGAUAUGCACUUUAAAUGAGCUUAAUUGCUUGGAGUUGUGCCUGAAAUAUCAAAAUGCCUCCUGGGUGUGGCUUUGUUUAGUGAAGUGAAUUUCUGUCACUGUUGCUGUUCAAAGAUAUCAGUACAGCCUUUCACAGACCUACACUCCCAGCAUGUCACUUUGCCCAUUGUAGUACUAAGUUUUCUUUGAAUGCCCAUUGUCCAUUUUAAGUAUUUUACUCAAUACAUCAAAGAGAAUGGGACCCCUGUAGCUGUCACUUGGAAAAGGUCCCGUGGCAUAGAUUGUGUUCCAAAUGCAGGUGCACUUCUGGAUUCCUGGGCUCCUGGGCACUGGGGUUGCAUUGAAGGCCAGUAAGACUGCAGCACCAAUUCCACACCCUCUCCAUUCCUACACAGUAGCUUUCGUGUUGCUGAAUUAACUUGGGUGGUUAUGUUUGCAUGCUUAUGCACACAUUUGAAAAUUAGUUAGAACUGUAAUACAAAUACUUAUUUUCCCUGGGGAUGAUGGCCUUGCUCUUUUCUUAAUUCUGAUGCUUGAAUUCCAUCUUCUGUUGGUCUUUCCAAAUGUCCUUUUUAAGUUUUCUGCUGCAGCAAUUUGAGAGGAUCCAUUUGGAGAGGUGAUUAUGAGGGUUCUAUAAUUAUGUUAUUGAUGAAAGAUUAUGUCUUAAUCUUGUUGGGGAAAAACUGCUCCCUUUCUCCUUGAUAGAGCUUUGCCAUCAUGACAUAAUGAUGGCCCUAAGAAUGUAAAAUCUCUUUUAAGUCAUGACUCCUGAGUAUCUAAGUCAUGGCUAACAAAAACCAGAAAUAGUAUCUGCAGUGUGUUUUUCCCGUGGAGUUUCAAAACCACUUCAGAGUACAUAAUGUAUAUUAGAAUUUGCCUGUAAAAUGAAUUAUGAAAAUCAGAUGUAAAGUCUCUUUCUUGAAAAUGUUGGCAUAGUAAAUAAAAAUAAAGUUCAUAAUUA